AUGAAGAAGAUGGAUAAUUCUGACACUAAACUUAACAAAAAUGCAACACACACACACGAUCCAUGCACUAAUACACAAUUUAUUGGUUUGCCAUUGGAAUACAACGACAUCUCACCAAAAUCAUUCUGUUCAAAUGACUUUGAGGUAGACUUCGACAACAACAUAUUCAGAACAUCAGCUAGUAGGGAUGAAUCAGUUUUUAUCAGGAAUUCAUCCAUAACUUCAAAUAGUGAAUCAGCUACACACCCCGGCCACACUGAUAACAUACUUGGCCAUUCAUAUUUUUCCGAAAAAAAAUUGAAUUAUGGCCAAAUACUGCAACAAAAUGAUCAAAAGUGCGCUUCAAUUUCGCUGGAAGAUGCUAUGGGCUCGAUGAUAGAUAUUGGUAAGGGAACUAUUUUUUGCUCAAAUACUUCUUUAGAUUCCACAAUCAAUUACUCUUCUACACUAGGAGACUCUACAAAUAUUCUAGGCGAAUCCUUCCUAGAACUACAUACUGUAACAGCUAACUAUAGCAAUCCAUCUAAUGACAAUACCAAUUGGAUUAAUCACAACAUCAAUACAUUGUACGACUACCAACAGCGGGAAAAUGAGGGCGAUUGCGGCACUCCGCAGGGUAAAAACGAGAAUAUGCGCCAAUCUCUGCUUUUUUUGUCAUCCUGGGAAGUUGAAGAUGAGAAUAUCAAGUUCAAACGCGAAACGCCAAGAUCAUCAUCCAACCUGUUGCCAUAUUCAGGAAAUUCAGUAAAGGAAUCACGUAUCACAGAACCUACACCAGAAAGAUCAGAAUUCACCUUAGCACAAUCAAAUUUAUGGCCUAUUGCAACUAGCAACGAAUAUAAAACGACAGUUACAGGCGAAGGAAGGGACUGUGAUAUGUGUAAAUCACCAGAUGCGAAAGCUAUGGACCCAAACAAUCCUGCUACAAAUUACAAACUACAGAUAUUCCACAAGGCACUGAAGCCACUUGGAGCUAAAUCCGAGAGUGACAAUUUAGAUAUUGGAUUGUAUUUCAUACUGAAGCAGGGCGGCAUAGAUUCUAACAGUGCCAAAUAUAUACUCCUGGAUCCGCAAAUAAAAAUGACCAUUCAUUAUCAAAAAGUUACAUCAGAUACAGACUCAAGCAAUGAAGAUUUAUCACAAGCUAAUCAAAAUUUCAAAAAGUGGUACGAUCUACAACUUUCUCACUUGUACCAAAAAUACCACUCAAAUUCUUCAACAAACCAUACACCCUCUGUGUCUGGCUUGGCCAAAUUUGUUAGUGCUGUUGAUUGGUCUAGAAAAGACUGCGUAAAAGCUGCGCUAGAUGCCCAAAAAUUUUGGAACCCCUUUUCCAUAUUCGGUUCUGCCCCGCCUUCAGUACACCUGCCAGAUAUCUUCGACUAUAACUUUUACAAAAACUUCGCGCCACUGGAAGUGCUUAAGACGAAUGCUGUAUUUAAGGGACUGUGUAACAUGGAGCAGAUCAACAUUGACAAUGGGCUGAAUGACUGCGAUUGGCCACUUGUGCGGGAGUAUUUGGAAAAGCGGUGGAACAAUCAGGUAUCGUUGGAUUGUGACUGGCAAUGCGACGAAUUGGAAAUCAGUGAAGUUUUUUGGUACCUUAACAUUAUGUCAAAACACCAAGAUCAAUCUCAUUCGGUAUACACGUUGGAACCGUGCUAUUGUGUUACUCCCGAUCCACAAUUCUCUCGAGGCUUGAUGUGGAACGAUCCCAGAUGCAAUCCGAUCUAUCCACGACCAUCGCUUUAUCACCCAGAUCAAUUGGAGUUGAUGAACCCCAAAUCCAUACAAGAACUGGAUUUUGGCCAUGUCAAUUCACAAUCGCAACAACAACGUGAAAAUUCGGCGGAUUCUAUACCAUUAGAUGACCUGCCAGACACACCUGAGAUGAUUGAAUUGCAAAACCCCGAGAGCUGCCAAAUUGAUGUUAGUUUGGGUGAAGUAUACCCCCUUGCUUUGUCACAAAUAACCUUGUGCCCGUAUAGACGCCAUCCUUAUAUUGACCAGUCCUACCACUUCCCAUGCCCACAAUAUCACUCACCUUUUGGCACUUUCACCUACCCCUCACAAGCAGUGUCAGUCGCUCCAAAUACGUCUACCCCUUUAGCUUGCGCCACAGUAUCGGCAGGUGGAGGAAAAAGGAGGAAAGGAUUACAUCAAUACGACUAUCAGCCGGCGCGGGUUAAGCACAAACUCAAUUUUUUGCGUAAAAGCUAG